AUGUAUUUAACUAAACUUUUUUUUAAUGUAGUAUCAUGUUAUACCAAUAUUAAAAAAAAUGAUCACAUUGAUGAAGAUAAACUUUUAAAUAACAAAUUUUUUGAUGUUGCUUGUGGCCUUGAUAAGAAAUUGAUUAAAGAAUCAUAUUACAUUAAAAAAGAUUUUAAAUGUUAUUCUUCAAAUGAUUUUUUAGAUAUAAAACAAAAAUUGUCUGUUGAAUGUAAACUUUAUGAUGAAAUAAAUUAUCAAUGUAUAUAUAAUCAUUAUGAACUUAAGCAAGAUUGUCAUUCACUUCCUGAACUUUGUGAAAUUGUAUAUUUACGUUGUUUCAACCAUACUACAGUCACAAUAUUAAAUGAAACUACUACAACUAGAAAAAUAAUGAGUGGUCUUGUAUAUGAACCAAAAAUAGAACAAAUAAAUCUUUAUUCUCAAAAUAAAAAAAUUUUAAAUGAAAAAAAUAAACAAUCAGAAGAAGUAAAAUUUUUUUCAACGACAGCAAUAAUGUUAACAAAAACAACGGCAUCAUUUAAAACAAAAUUGGAUAUAUUAAAAAUUGCUAAUAAUGAUCACUUUACACCUAUUAAAAUUCAAAAUCAAAAUUUAGCAAAAAACAAUUUUACUAAAUAUUCUUAUUGUCUAAUACUUUUUGUUAUUUUUUUAAAUAUUAUUACAAUUUGCUGUAUAUACAUGAGAAAAAAAUUUACAAACAAAAAAGAAUCAUAUGAACUUUUUGAAAUAUUAUCAGAUUAA